GAUUAUUUUAUGUCAAAACAAAUUAUCUUUUGAACCACAUAUAAAUAGUAGCUAUUUAAAUUAAAAGUACUGUGAGAGAUCUGAUUUAAAAAUUUAUCGAAAUAAGCUAUGGAUUUGAAGGCCAUGAUAUCUGAUUUGAAUGACAAGAUUCCUUGCCUGCGGCAUAUCGUUCGUCCGGAAUAUGCUUCGUAUUUAACAAUAAUUGCAACAGUAUUGAUAGGAUGGCUGCUCAUAACUUGGAUAUUUCAUUUAAUCCGGAUGUUGUUAAUACCUUUAGCGAUAAGCUUUGUCGCUAUAGCGGUAAUAUAUUCAACAACUAUUAAUUGGUAUUUGCAGCAAUUAGGAACAAACUUAGAAAUAAUGGUAAAGGAUUUUGUCUAUAGAUUUCAAACACCUUAAUGACAACAUUGAGAAAAUUGAAUAGCAUUUAAUAUUUAUAAACCGGGUAUUUAUCUCAUUUAUAUUUGCAUUUAUAUUCUGAAAUAUAUAAUUUACUUAAUUUAUUGUUAAUUUUAAUAAAUCAAGUAAAAAUACAAUGAGCGAGAUUUGAAAAAUUUGUAUAAAACUCUGAGAAAUAAAAUGAAUUUAAUUAUUGUAUACGACAUUUUUUUAGGAUACCGUCAAAUUCUUCAAUUAAUCACAUGAAUUUGUCCAUGAGGCUUAAUGAAACGUUUCGAAAAAUUACUUAACCUUGCAUCCGACAGUUCUAAAAAAUUUUAAGCAUACGAUUAGGAAACAAAUUGCGCAUGUAAAUAUGUUUCAUGGUGAAAAAGAAUUGUACAAGAAGGAAAACGUAUAAUAUAGGAAAAUUUCAGAGAUGGGCAUUCAAAACUCAAAACGGUGAGUGUUUGAGUCAAAUCUAAUUCGCAAUUAGAAAAAUAUAAUCAUUUAUUAUUAUUAAAAAAGUAUUCUGCGUUUUUAUACACUAAGAAUAUACACAACGAUAUAUAAAAAAUUAGAAAAUUAUUAGAUAAUUAAACAAUAUUUCAAUGACGUUAAAUUGAAUAAAUUAGAUGUCGAAGUUAUAGGUUUAAUAAUAUUAAAUAAAUUAAUAAAUUAUAACGUAUAUUUACGGCGUAUAAAACUCUGAGAGUUCGUCCAACUUCUUUUUAUAUCAUGCUAUACUGUUCGUCGAACUUCAUCUCGGGUGUGUUGCUCGACUUCACUGUUUGCUCUUGCGCGACAUUUGCUUGUUCAUUCUUCUCUAACUGUAUCGGGUCAGCCUUUCGCUUGCUCAUCCCCGAUGUAGGAACAUCGAUGUUUUGGCGAGCAACUGGAUGUUCUUUUUCUAAUUCAUUGUUCUCCGUAAGUUUUGGUGAGCUCGAUUGUGCCUGGCGAAAAUUAUUGUACGGAAAUGCAUUCACGGUGACACUUGGUGAUACAUAUUGAGGAUCGUACGUUUUCACGGGAUACGAUGUAUAUUCAGGAUAUUGCGAGGGAUACCAAGUAGAAUGUGUGUUAGGAUAAUAUGGAUGCUCCUGGUACGUGUCACCGUAUGUGUUCGUCGGCUGCAAAAAAAAUAGUUCAAUAUUCAAUAUCCUAAAACUCAUAAUUUAUGAUAUAUUUAGUGGAAUAUAUAUAACUACGUAUGUAGUGAAAAUUAAUUAUCCUUUUUAUUAUUUAUAGAUGAUUGUUUUAUUUAUAAAUGGAAUGUUUUGUUUCUUUCAUAGAUUUUUAAUCUCAUUCAGUGAUAAAUUUCCGGCGGUUAAACCUUAGUAUGACUGAUUACGCCUUGCAUGCAUCAAAAGAUUCCAAGCGCAUUGUAAUAUCUCAAAUAUUACGCUAUGGAUGAUGAUAACACUGAAUUAGAUAAUCAGGAUCAAAGGGAAAACAAUGGAGAUAGUUUUAUAUAAACAAUAAUUUGUUUAUUUUUUGAACAAAUAAUACAUAAGGAAGUUAUAUCGAAGCUACGCGUAAUCGGUGCAGCAUUUGAAGUGUUCGAUCAUUAAGGUUGCUCAGUCCAAUUCCUUAAGGGU